AUGUUAAAGACUAAAUGUGUCUCAACUCGACUUCAUGGUGGUCAUCACGACAAUGAUGAUGAUGACGAUGAUGAUAUUAUCGAAGCUUGUGCUAUUGUAUACCUUCACAGUUGUUUCAAUGAAAGGAAGCUUUCAAAACGUAAUUCAAUAACUAAUUACCACAUUCUCUAUACAAAGCGUGCAAUCGAUAAUAAUCAAAUCAUACGAUUAAAAUGUAAUCAACAACAAACCGAAUUCGCGAUAGCACGAUUUCUUUACAAACAAUCACGAGUAGAAAAAAUCAAAUGUCAAACUACAAAUAAUGAAAACGCUCUUAGAUCUCUGAUAGAAAGCUUCAGAUUAUUUUUUGUUAUUUACGUUUCGGAAAUCGGUCAACAAUUGAAGUUGGUAGGAGUAGAAGCAUGUUAUGUGAAAAUUUGCUGUGUUGUUUGUAAACAAAAAUGUCGUAAAUGA